AUGAGACUGCGGGAUGUUGCUGCUGCGGGCAGGGGGAGGAGGACGCUGGGGCUGCUGUUACUGCUGCUGCUGCUGUUGCAGCGACCGUCUAGCACAGUCUUCCCCUUUAGGAUCAGGCCAACACAGGGCCCAGACAUGAUUCCGCCGCUGGUGACGGUGAACCUAGACGAAGCCCCAGAGCAGCGCUGGCUGCCGUCGCUCCAGCGCUUCGACCAAGAUGCCAUGAGGACGAUUUUACGGAAUGUGAUCCAGAACCGUAUCCCAGAAUGGUUUAAUGUUUUUAUGAAGGAGUUUGUUGAUCAUUUGCAGGGAUCUGUACUUGAACCCUUUGUCCGUGAGAUUAGGGGAAUAUGCAAUGCACUAAAUUUGAGUUUUUUAGAUGGCAUGCUCAUCAAUAUGAUCUAUGAAUCAAGUGUGUUAUGUACUUCUAUUUUGGUUCAAGAUGCCAAUGGCCAUAUUUACCAUGGCCGGAACUUGGAUUUUGUUUCUGGAGAAGGCUUGCGAAAUAUUACAGUUGAUGUCCAGUUUACAAAAAAUGGGCAGAUCGCCUACACAGGAACAACCUUUCUUGGCUAUGUGGGUAUAUGGACUGGACAACGUCCAUACAAGUUUACAAUUACUGGCAAUCAACGACAGAAAGAUGAACAGCAGAAAAAUGCAACGGAGGAUCUUUUCAAAACACAUUAUCCCUCCGGAUGGGUUAUCAGGAAAACCCUAGAAGAAGCCAAGAACUACAAAGAUGCUGUUCACAGACUAUCAAGCCAACCCCUUAUUACAAAUGUUUAUUAUAUUGUUGGAGGCAUAAAUGCCUGGGAAGGAGUAGUCAUCUCAAGGAACAGAACUGACACGGUGGACUCCUGGCAUCUAAAGCCCAAGAGACAGUGGUUCCUUGUGCAGAUAAAUUGUGACCACUGGGUGAAAUGCUCUCGAACAACUGAGUUCCGGAAAAUACCUGCCUCAAAGACUUUUAAUAAAAUUGGACCAGAAAAUAUCAAUCUGGAUAAACUUUAUGAGAUUUUGAGCAUAUGUCCAAUUCUGAGUGAUAUAACCAUUUAUACAACAGUAAUGAGUGCAGCAAACCCAGACAAGUACAUGACUCGAGUCAGAAACCCAAGUGAAAUGUGUCAAUGAAACAAAUGGACACUAACCGCUCUUUUGUGGAAGGAGAUCUCUCUACAAAAGAAUCUUCACCUGGUUUCCAUGAUAAUGUUACAGGGAAAGGUUAGAAGGAGAGAUGGGCAAAAAAUGAA